GUGGUUAUGAUUUAUAUGAGAACAAUAAAAAAUGAUGAGGCAAUACGGCAGUUAGUGAGAAAAAUGGCUCCUCCUCUUGUUACUUUAUUGGCAUCUGCACCUGAAGUUCAGUAUGUUGCCUUAAGAAACAUCAACAUUAUAUUGCAAAAACGGCCUGAAAUUUUAGCAAAUGAAAUGCGUGUCUUCUUUUGCAAAUAUAAUGAUCCACCAUACGUAAAACUUGAAAAACUUGAAAUUAUGAUCAAGUUGGCUAAUGAAAAAAAUAUUGACCAAUUAUUAUCGGAAUUAAAAGAAUAUGCAUCUGAAGUAGACGUUGAUUUUGUAAGAAAAUCUGUUCGAGCAAUUGGACAAUGUGCCAUCAAGAUUAGUGAAGCCUCGGAAAGAUGUGUUAAUGUUUUGUUAGAUUUGAUUAAUACUAAAGUUAAUUAUGUAGUUCAGGAAGCGAUUGUUGUUAUCAAGGACAUAUUUCGAAAAUAUCCACAUAAAUAUGAAGGAAUUAUUCCAACAUUAUGCCAGAAUUUAGAUGCAUUAGACGAGCCAGAAGCAAAAGCUUCUUUAAUUUGGAUUAUUGGUGAAUACGCUGAGAGAAUUGAAAAUGCUGACGAAUUAAUUGUUACAUUUUCGGAUACAUUCCGGGAUGAAAAUUCUCAGGUUCAAUUACAGUUGAUUACCGCAACCGUCAAACUUUUCCUCAAAAAACCACAAUCAACACAAAAUAUUGUACAACGUGCUCUACAGACCGCCACGUCCGAAUGUGAUAAUCCUGACAUCAGAGAUCGUGCAUAUAUUUAUUGGAGAUUGUUAUCGACAGAUCCUCAGGCUGCCAAGGCUGUUGUUCUGUCAGAUAAACCUCCGAUAUCCGUUCAAAGUAACACGAUGUCUAAUUCUUUACUUGAAGAGCUGAUUAGUAACAUCUCGACCCUUGCCAGCGUAUAUCAUAAACCUCCUGAAACGUUCCUAGGGAGAGGUCGUUUUGGUGCUGACGCCGUUCAACGACGGGCUAUCGAGGAACAAGAAGAGGCUUCUCGAGAGUCACCGAUCCAGGCUCAAACUAAAACAAAUAUUGAGAAUCUAUUGGAUUUAGAUUUUAGUGAUACUACAACUGCUGUUACAACCACAUCAUCUCUUCCGUCAUCCUCCAUGUCUUUCACGCCAACUGCCAAUGUGGACGAUUUAUUGGAUUUGUUUAAUGACAAUA